AUGUUCGAAGCAGGCGUUGUUGAGACCGGCAAAGGCGACCUGGACGUUAGCUUCAACUCCGCCGACGAUGCCUCCAACAACGACCAGAAAGACAUGUCCCGGCUGGGGAAACCACAGCAGUUCAACAGAAAUUUCCGUUUCCUGUCCACACUCGGCUUCACUUGCACGCUGAUGGCAACAUGGGAGUCGGUUCUACUUACUUCGACUCUUGCCCUGGUGAACGGUGGAAAGGCUGGCAUGGUCUACAUGUACAUUGCCACCUUCGUCGGCUUCUUCUGCUCAGUAAUAUCCAUGGCUGAGAUUGCUUCCAUUUCUCCAACAUCCGGAGGUCAAUAUCACUGGGUCUCUGAGUUUGCUAGUCCCAAAUAUCAAAAGUUCCUGAGUUAUAUCACUGGCUGGCUUUCCGUGCUGGGAUGGCAGGGCGGCUUUGCCAGUAUCUGCUUCCUCUGCGGUACUCUCAUCCAGGGAUUCCUCCAGCUGAACUACGGCGAUGCAUAUGUCGCCCAGAGAUGGCAUGGAACCCUGCUUACCUUUGCCAUUGCGCUCAUUGCUACCUUCAUCAACACCUAUGCUGCUGGUCACCUCCCCAGCUUGGAAGGACUGAUUCUCAUUCUCCACGUCUUCGGAUUCUUUGCUACCAUGAUCACGCUCUGGGUUAUGGGAGACAAGGCCCCCUCCAAGGAGGUCUUCACUGAGUUCACCAACUUUGGUGGCUGGUCUACAGUUGGUGUUGCCGUCCUUGUUGGCCAGAUUAGUCCCAUCUUCUCCUUCUUGGGCCCUGAUGGCGCAACCCAUAUUGCUGAGGAAAUCAAGGAUGCCUCUAAAGUUGUUCCAUGGUGCAUGAUCUUCACUGCCAUCAUCAACGGCAGCCUUGGUUUCGUGAUGUUGAUCACCUUCCUCUUCACCAUGGGCCCAGUCGAUGACUCUAUCCUUACGCCCCCGAGUGGCUUCUCCUUCCUUUCAGCUUACUACCAUGCCACUGGCUCCACGAGCGCCACCACUGGUCUGGCAUGCAUCAUCCUUGUCCUCGAAGUCUGCAGUGCCAUCAGUAUUCUCGCCACUUGCUCUCGCCAGGCCUUUGCAUUCGCCCGAGACAACGCCCUUCCUUUCUCCAAAUUCUUCGCCGAUGUUGACCCGAAGUCUAAGAUCCCAGUCAAUGCUGUUCUCGCUACUACUUUCAUCACUAUCCUUCUGUCGCUAAUUAACAUCGGCUCUACUGCUGCAUUCAAUGCCAUCGCCUCCCUCACUGUUGGGUCUCUCUAUGCCUCCUACGUGUUGAGUAUCGUCUGCUUCAUGUACCGCCGACGAAGCGCUGAGCCAUUGCCUGCACGACGAUUCUCCCUUGGAAGCUGGGGAAUGGGCAUCAACCUCUUCUCCGCCCUCUACCUCUCCUUUGCCUUCGUCUUCACUUUCUUCCCAAGCACAAGGAUUGUCACUCCCGAGACCAUGAACUGGUCUUCCCUGGUAUGGGGUGCCGUUAUCCUGUUCGCCAUUGCCCAGUACCUUAUUCACGGAAGAAAAGUGUACGAAGGCCCGGUGGCAUACAUCCGCAAGUCAGAGUAA